AUGGUGAAUGAAAUGCAAGGAUGUGUAUAUGAAGAGAAAUUACAUGAGGGAUCAUCACUUUACCAUAUCAAGAAGCCGGCUUUAGCUUAUGGACUUAUAGACAGUCCUGCAAGAACUGGUAUCCGGGGUGUUGGUAAUCUUUGGGUAUUGAGGAGUUGUCACUCAGCUUUGAAAAUCACAUCCAACGUUUAUGCAAGAGAGAAUGCUAUUAAGGAUAAGACAACUCUAUAUUCCAUCUGCUCCAAGAUGGAUCUUGUUCGUGUAAAGCACAGUGGUGAAAGCAGGUUAUGCUUGAUAUGGUAG